CAUCUUCCAUUAGAAUACCCAAAAGAGGAAAAGCCAUAGGUUUAGUUCAAUGGAUAAUUAUCUUUGGGAGAUCUUUAGUAGUAAACAAAAUACUGAACAAGAUCAUGAUCAUCAUCACCAGCUACUUCAGAUUCCUAAUUUCCAAUUAAAUGGAUUUUGCCAACAAGACCAAAUCCCUAAUCAAGAUCUCAUAGGUGGUCCUCGCGAAAUUUCUUCAGUCAACAGCAACAACAACUACGCCUCAGUCCCAACAACUAUGUCUUCGGUCAAUAGAAGUAAUCUUGAUAAUUCUAACAAGGGGCUUAUUAGAAGGCCAGAAAGUACUAUAAGUAGUACUGAUGAUUCCAAGAAAGUUGUGCAUAGAAAUGUUGAAAGGCAUAGAAGGCAAGAAAUGGCAAAUCUUCUUACUUCUCUUAGAUCCCUUCUUCCCCUUGAGUUUAUCAAGGGUAAACGUUCAGCAUCAGAUCACAUGCAAAUAGCUGUGAAUUAUAUAAGGCAUCUUCGGAAGAAUAUAGAAGAGUUAGACAAUAGAAGAAAACAAAUCAAGAAUUCAUUGGAUAAUUUGGGUGCUGAAAAUGGAAGUUCUUCAACAUGUUAUGUUCACAACAAUUCUGUGGCAGUAAACACAUGUCAAGAUGGUAUGGAGAUUUUGAUUAAUGUGAAUAGUCAUAAAGAGGAAAUGUUUUCUUUGUCCAAAGUGCUAAGAUGGCUGCUCCAACAAGGGCUAAAUGUUGUUAGUUGUGUUAAUUCCAAACAAGAUGAAUGGACUUUGAUCAGGAUUCAAUGUCAGGUGAGUGAUAUAUCAGGUGUCAGUACAGUUGGACUGCAAAAGAAAUUGACUGAUUUGAUUAGUUAACAAAAGGAAUAUAUCCCUCAAUCAGUCAGGGUCGAUCCAAACACGGGUUUGUGACUUAUGUAGAAUCUAGAUCUUCUAUAUCUUGUAUAUGAAUA